AGUUGUCUAUAUCGUGAGGCGAGUGGGAGCGCGUGCGGGAGACGUUGGGCUCCCUCCCUCCCCCUCCGACCAGCCGCGCGCGGCGCAGCGGGCGGUCCCCUCCCCCGCCUGCCAUGGCCGCCGGCGAAGGGGGCGGUGAGGAUGUGCGGGUGCUGCAGACUCUCCGUGGGAAGAUUUGUGAAGCUAAAAACUUAGUACCGUACUCUGGACCAAACAAGAUGAGAGACUGCUUUUGUACAAUCAAUUUAGAUCAGGAAGAAGUUUUUCGUACUCAGGUAGUAGAGAAAUCUUUAAGCCCUUUUUUUGGAGAAGAGUUCUACUUUGAGAUACCAAGGACAUUCCAGUUCUUAUCAUUCUAUAUUUAUGACAAAAGCGUUUUACAGAGGGAUCUACGAAUAGGAAAAGUAGCAAUAAAAAAAGAAGACUUGAGCAGAUACGCUGGCAAAGAACCAUGGUUUAUCCUUCAGCCUGUUGAUUCAAACUCAGAGGUUCAGGGGAAAGUUCAUCUUGAAUUAAAACUGAAUGAACUGAUUACAGAUAAUGGAUCAGUCUGCCAACAGCUAGUAGUAAAUUUGAAGGAAUGUCAUGGGCUGCCUCUUAUCAAUGGACAAAAUUGUGACCCUUAUGCUACAGUGUCAGUUGUGGGUCCUUCAAGGAAUGAUCAAAAGAAGACAAAAGUAAAGAAGAAAACGAGCAACCCACAAUUUAAUGAAACAUUUUAUUUUGAGGUAACCAGGUCCAGUAGUUAUACCAAAAAGUCACAGUUUCAGGUGGAAGAAGAAGAUAUUGAGAAGCUGGAAGUCAGGGUUGAUUUAUGGAACAAUGGGAACUUGGUGCAAGACCUUUUCCUAGGAGAAAUUAAGAUUCCUGUCAAGACGUUGGGAAGUGAUUCCUUCCAAGCUUGGUACCUUCUACAGCCAAGAGAUAAUGGAAAUAAGUCCUCUAAAAGUGAUGAUCUUGGAUCACUUAGACUGAAUAUAUGUUACAGUGAAGACCGUGUGCUUCCAUCUGAGUAUUAUGCCCCCCUCAGGAACUUGCUGCUAAAGUCCACAGAAGUUGAGCCGAUAUCUGCUUCUACUGCUUACAUUUUGGCUGAAGUGUGUCGCGAUAAAUACGAUACCAUUAUACCUCUUGUACGAUUGUUGCUUCAUCAUCAUAAACUAGUACAGUUUAUCACUGCAGUGGCAAAAUUAGAACUGAAGGAUACCCAAGAGGCAAAUACCAUCUUCAGAGGAAAUUCCUUAGCUACUCGAUGCCUGGAUGAGAUGAUGAAAAUAGUGGGAAAGCACUACCUGAAAGUUACCUUAAAACCAGUUCUAGAUGAGAUAUGUGAGAAUCCUAAGCCUUGCGAAAUUGAUCUCCUGAAACUGAAAGAAGCUGAUAAUGCUGAAAUUCACAAGGAAAACUUACGCAACUAUGUCGACAAAGUAUUCAGUACAAUAGUACAGUCAAGUAUAAGUUGCCCUACACUAAUGUGUGAUGUAUUUUGCUCUCUGAGAAGUCUGGCUGCUGAAAGAUUCCCCAAUGACCCUCAUGUACAGUAUUCUGCAGUGAGCAGCUUUGUGUUUCUUCGUUUCUUUGCUGUAGCUGUAGUAUCGCCUCAUACUUUCCAUUUACGACCUCACCAUCCAGAUGUACAGACAUCUAGAACAUUAACCCUUAUAUCAAAAGCCAUCCAAACAUUGGGAAGCUGGGGAAGUUUGUCCAAAAGCAAGCUAUCAAGCUUCAAGGAGUCAUUUAUGUGUGAUUUUUUCAAAAUGUUUCAGGAAGAGGAAUAUACUGAAGCCGUCAAAAAGUUUUUAGAUGAAGUAUCAUCUACAGAAAGUAAAGAGCCAAAUGUCAUGAGUGAGCCAGUGCAUCUAAAAGAAGGGGAAAUGUACAAAAGAGCACAAGGAAGAACUCGCAUUGGAAAAAAAAAUUUCAAGAAACGCUGGUUCUCUCUUACCAGUAGAGAGCUCACAUAUCACAAACAACAAGAUAAAGAGCCAAUUUACAGUAUUCCAGUUAGAAACAUCCUUGCAGUGGAAAAACUUGAUGAGAGCUCCUUUAACAAGAAAAACAUGUUUCAAGUGAUACAUGCUGAGAAGACACUUUAUGUUCAAGCAAAUAAUUGUGUGGAAGCUAGUGAGUGGAUUGAAGCUCUCUGCCGGGUAAGCAGAUGCAACCAAAGGAGACUGAGUGUUUAUCAUCCCUCUGCUUUCUUGAAUGGGAACUGGCUUUGCUGUAAAGCCACAUCAGAGAACACAGUGGGUUGUACACCAUGCACCGCAGGUGCACCUGCUGACAUUCAAAUAGAGAUUGAUGGAGAUAGAGAAACUGAGAGAAUCUUCUCACUUUUUGCUAUCAACAUGCCCAAACUGCAGAAGAUGCAAGAGGCUUGUGGAAGCAUAGCAGUCUAUCAGGGUCCACGGAAAGAACCAGAUGACUAUUCCCAUUUUACAAUUGAGGACUCAGUAGCAACUUUUCAGACUCUUCAACAAAUAAUAGCUAUAGUAGAAAAGUUGUCUGAACAUCAUGACAGAUACCAAAAGAAGAGGUCAUCUAGUGCUAAGUAUGGCAGUGAAGAAAAUCCAAUUGUUGGAAAAAUUUCCUAACCCAAGACCAACAGAUGAAUUCAGAAGAAACUGGAGUAAUUUUCAAUAUGUCAAAAUCCUGGUUUACUGAUUCAGAGUAUUUCAGAAUGUAUUUUGGCUGGAAAUUAGCUGUGUUCACAAUCUAUUUAAUAUUUAAUAAGGAAAAGACCAAUUUGAGAAUAUGAUUUUGUUUUUGGGAGAGAAUUUCCAUACUGCUGAAAGAACAGCAUUCCAGAAGAUGAAUGGGAACAUGUUCUUUCUACACAUCAAAGGACCUAUCUAAAGGAAUAAACUUUUUAUAAGGGAGGAAAGUAACUACCAUUGUGGAAAGGAUUGUGCAUCUGCCAAGUUCGUCAUCAUUUGAUUUGUGAACCAUCAGUGCCUAUUCGGCAGAUAGAUCUUGGCAUCAAAAAUCACAAGGAUCUGAAGCUUUAUAUUCUGCGCACAGCCACUUUUUAAAAUUGUCCUAUUUUAAUCUGCUAAUCUGUAGUAGACAUUAUGUUUAAAAAAUGGUGGUACUUUUAAAUGUGCAUUGACAAUUUAGCAAUGUUUUAUUUAAGAGAUAUUACUGAAACCAGACAAGUCAGGGACUCUGCAUCUUGUUUACAGUUGGGGUGAGCAGUGAAAGGGGUGACAUGGAAUUAUUGUCUGCAUCUUUGUCUUGACAAAUAACCAGUUAUGAGUAUUUUAUUUAGCUAUCAGGGCUUUUCUGGAGGAAUAAGAUUUCAAGCCUACCAAGAAAAUUGCUAAAUACUAUGUGAUACCUUCCUACUUAAAAUUUAAAAACAGCCCAAAAAACUGGUGUUACACGUUAGACAUGAGUUUCAUAGUUGCUUUUGAAAAUCACUCCAAGCACUUUAGAUAUCUGGAUAGCUCCAGAUUAUAUUUCUGGAUACUUUGUAGUAUCUAAUAUUAUGAUCAGUUGAAUGAUCGCUGUUGUGGCUUAAAAUGAUGCUUUUGUGAACAUUUUUAUAUCUAGUUUUUUACUUGCCAGGUAAAGUUUGGAACUCAGCUUUGCCUUUGGAAACUCUUAAACUUGCCUUCUUGAUCUGUGUAUUGCCAUAGGCUGAUAAAAAUGUCUAUGUAAUAAACAAACUACCACAUAACAGAAGAAAGGCUAAUCUUCCAUUCAUCAGUAUUAUUGAUUAUGGUACUAGAAACCCUAUUUUGGGAGCAAUUUGCUGAGCACUAUUAAAAUGGAAAUAUUUCCAAUGAAGACAUGGUCAUAGAAUUUGUAGAUUUCUUCUUAAUAUUUUUUACUUUUAAAAAAUGUUACUGUUACUUGCCCAAAUUUUAAUUAAUGUUUGAUACAAUUGUUUGAUACAAUUCUGGUACAAUAGCUAGAAGAUAAAAGCUAUUUAAUAUAUUCCACAUAACUAGUAGUCUAGUAUGGCAUCACCUAACAAAUUGCAGAGAUGUCCCCAAAGGAUCAAAAUGCCCAAUCCAAAAGCUUUCUGCACCAGCAAAUAAAAACUUUGAAGAAGUUGCACAUACCCAGUGGGAAUUUUUUUUCCUUGAAGAGUAAUCUUUCCUUUUCAAACAUAACUUGCCAUAUACUGUGGGUGGCUGCUAUUCAAAACCAAAAUCCCUAUUUGGCACUUGAAAUCCAUGGUUGUGUGUUUCUGAUAGAUAACAAGGAACCAGUGGGGAUUGACAGCACAGUGAUACACUGGUUGUGCAAUAACAGUAGAAACAUAAAAGAAGCCCGGGAAAAUUACACUUAAAUAAUAUCUGGAAGGUUUAGAUUAACAUGAAAUUAUAUGGGAUCCAAAUGUGAUGUGUGAUUUGUACAGAGGAGGCUUAUAUAUAGCUGAUGGUAUUUUCCAGUUAACCAUAUCGGAAAAGUAAUCUUCCCAUGUUGUAGAGUCAGCAUUUGACAAAGCUGGUAGCAUCAGUGGAAGAGAUACUGCUGGAUAUCCUUUGCAAUAAUAAUAAUAAUAUUUGAUUUAUAUAUCACCCUUCAGGACAACUUAACACCCACUCAGAGCGGUUUACAAGGUAUGUCAUUAUUAUCCUCACAACAAUCUCCCUGUGAGGUGGGUGAGGCUGAGAGAGCUCCGGAGAGCUCUGACUGACCCAAGGUCACUCAGCUGGCUUCAAGUGGAGGAGUAGGGAAUCAAACCUGGUUCUCCAGAUUAAGAGUCCCAUCACUCUUAACCACUACACCAAACUGCAAUAUGGACUACACUUACUGCUUUAGAGACUUUCAAAAAAUCCUUUCUAACAAUAGAUUAUUUUGGACUCUGCUUGCAUAUAGGCUCAGACUAAAAAUACUGAAUAAGAAUAUCCACUGAAAUUUGUUUGUCCAAGACUAAGGUUAGUAGCAUGCAGCCAUUUUUAAUAGGAGUAUGUUCUUGCUUAACGUAGAGUAUGGUAGACAUUUGAGCCUUUGCUUUUUAUCUAACUGAAGUGUAACAUGUUGGUUGCAGAAGUAGUGGGAUCAAAUCAUCAUAUGUCUUUGUUUUAUCGUAUGUAAGACAGACACUUAUUCAUCAAGUUAGCUAUGAUCCAAGGUGGUGUUAGACACUAUUUGAAGGACUUAAUACAACAUCUUAUAGAACAAGGGCAUACCAUUGAAGAUUUAACUUUUCCUACUAAAUGCAUUCAGUGUCAUAAGUACAAUUCCACCAGUGUGGAAUAUGGUUACAUAGACAUAAAUUGUAAGAUGUUCUCACGGAUUCAAAAUGUGAUUCACUUGGGCUUCUUUACUUUAAUGAUACUGCUCAUUUGGCCAACAGGCCUUGAGCAACGCCACACGUUCUGACAAAAAAGGGACAUUUCGCACAUUAUGCAAAAAAACAAGCCUAAGUUUGUUAAAACUUGUUUCUUUAACAGGGAAUUGCAGCCAGUCACAGCUACCUGACAAGUGUACAUGUAUGAGAUGUCUUUACCAGUAUCGUAGCUGCAUUCACAUUUCACAUUUUUUGGGUGGAAACCCCAUAAUGUAACAUGUGAAAUGGUACAUGGUACUCUGGGCAAGAUGGAAAUUGUUCUUGUAGAAGUUUCAAGCUUGGAAAUUUUACCUAAAAGUAUCAUGCUGCUGUUUUGUUAAUGGGCACAGUAACUUUUUUGAAAAGUUUAUUUAGUAUAAUGAAUUACAAUCAGCUCUGCUAGUGCAAUUCAUAAAGCAUAUGCUUUUACUGAACCUAGCAAAGCAUUAAGCAGUUCUAUAUUUGGCAGAUUGCAAAGGGGCAACUUAUAUAAACAGCAAUGUAUCAGGCAUCUGUGGUUCUUCACAUUAAUGUAUCUUAAAACAGGCUAAGUGACUGGUUACCUUCAGAGUUAUUCAGUGUUCAUGAUUUUACAGUUCCAUUCUUAGGGAUUCUUCUGUAUAUACUCUGGGAAUUCAACUAUUUAUUAGCCUCCUCUAUUCAUUUUUGUGUCAGUAUCAUGCAUUACUUUUUGACCCAUAUGUAUAAUACGGACUUUUAUGUUCAAAAUAUCCAUUUGUAUCUUACAGUUUGGCUUAUUUAUUCGUCCUGUGGUGUUGCAAAAUCACUGUCAUUCAUUCAAAUCUAGUAUUUGACGAAGUGGGUUCUACCCCAUGAAAGCUUAAUACCACAAUAAAUGUUAAUCUUUAA